CAGCUUUUUAAAUUCAGACGUCCACUGUAGAUUUGGUUCUGAUAGUCAGGCCGUGUCACCAGGAGCAAGAUGACAACAUACACAGACAAAGGCGAGAAGCACGAGCAGGGCAGGUUCCUCUGCUUCGAUCACUUAACUUUCUGGGUGGGAAAUGCAAAGCAGGCCGCAUCGUAUUACUGUAACAAGCUGGGAUUUGAACCAGUGGCCUACCAAGGUUUGGAGACAGGCAGUCGAGAAGUGGUGUCCCAUGUAGUCAAACAAGGCAAGAUCAUUUAUGUCUUUUCUUCCGCCCUCAAUCCUGGAAACAAAGAGAUGGGAGAUCAUUUGGUCAAGCAUGGGGACGGAGUGAGGGAUAUUGCAUUUACAGUGGAGGACUGCGACUUCCUGGUUCAGAAAGCCCGUGAGCGAGGUGCGAUUAUUGUGAAGGAGCCACACACUCUGGAGGACAAAUACGGAAAAGUGAAACUGGCUGUGCUUCAGACGUACGGUGACACCACACACACAUUUGUGGAGAGGACCGGAUACAAUGGGUUGUUUCUGCCUGGCUUCCAGCCCCCUCUGUUCAAGGACCCUUUACUAGCCAAACUACCGAGCGGAGGACUGAACUUCAUUGAUCACGUUGUGGGAAACCAACCGGAUGAUGAGAUGGUUCCUGUGGUGGAAUGGUAUCAGAAGAACCUUCUCUUUCACCGCUUCUGGUCAGUGGACGACAAGCAGCUUCAGACUGAAUUCAGUGCCCUGCGCUCCAUUGUGGUUGCAAACUAUGAGGAGACGGUGAAGAUGCCCAUCAACGAGCCGGCUAUGGGCAAGAGAAAGUCCCAGAUCCAGGAGUAUGUGGAGUACUACGGAGGUCCAGGAGUGCAGCAUAUCGCCAUGAACACAUCAGACAUCAUUACUGCAAUCCGUAACCUGAAGGAGCGUGGGAUGGAGUUUAUGUCUGUGCCUGACACCUACUACGACCAGCUGAGGGAGAAGUUGAAAGACUCAAAGGUCAAAAUCUCAGAGGACAUGGAUGUCCUGCAGGAACUAAGGAUCUUGGUGGACUACGACGACAACGGCUAUUUACUUCAAAUCUUCACCAAGCCUGUUCAGGAUCGUCCCACUGUGUUCCUGGAAGUCAUUCAGAGGCAUAACCACCAGGGCUUUGGUGCAGGAAACUUCAAGUCGCUAUUUGAAGCUAUUGAAGCAGACCAGUACGCCAGAGGAAAUCUCACUAUCCUGACACCUAAUGGAGUUUCAAAGAACAUGUGACCUAAGUGUUAUAUUCAUUUUAAAGCUUUAAAACAAAACAACCACCGUAUAUUCUGAGACGCACAAUAACAAUAUACAAAGCAUUGUAUAGACGUUACGCUUUAUUUCUGUGUACUGUAUCUUAUGAUAUUGCAUCAGUUAUCAAGAGUACAUCACAAUAUCAUUAAUGCAGUUCUUUUUAUAAAACAUUAACAAGAAUGAACAAAACAUUAUUGCUGAUAUAAGCUUGACUCAAGCAACGUAUAAUUGAAGCUCUCUUAAAUGAAAACAUUUAACUAUAUACAUUAGUUACCACAUGGACAAUGAAGCCAACAGAUAUUUUACUGAGACCUUUAGCGAAGUUGGGAAUGACCAUUUCUUCCCUCCUGCAGAAACACGAUGAAUGUGCGAACUGGUCGAACUGUGGUGCGUCAGUAAGUGUGAUGUGAUGUUUUUCCUGAUUACAGGACAGUGUAGGACAUUUAAUGAUGUGAUUUCCAUUGAACAUCACCACCACUGAUUUAUGAUCUCCUGAACUGUUGGGAAUUAUAUUAAAAAUAUCAAAUCUC